AUGGGGCAGACCGACCAGGGGAGAAUUUUGGGGGUUGGAGAGGAGGGGACUGUGUCCGAGCCGAUCCGCCAGCUGCUGAGUGCCUUCCACCCGGUCCCUCCUGUGGGACAGGGUGGAGUCCGCGCCUUUAGGGGGAUUUGGUGCAAGCGUGCUGCCCCCAGCGCGGUGGUGCUGCCACAAGCCGAGGUUGGGUGCUGCUGCCCGCACCAAGUCAGUGGUGCGCUUCGUCAGCCCGGCUCGGCUGCUCCUGCGCCCACCCAGUGUGGUCGGCAGCGGCACGGCCUCAAGGGCCUCCAGCUCCACCGUGGCUGGUCCUGCACCGGGGAGAUCUGUAGAGAGCAGAACCAGACUGAACUCCUCACCACGGUCACCAGCAAACCUGAACCAAUAGCGGUCAAGCAGGAGAUUGUGGAGUGCCAGGUGGUCUCCCAUCAGGCAUUGGGGCAAUUCUUACCGCCACAGAGAGUAAAUCGUUGUUCUAGCGUUGAGGGGUCGGAGGUGAGGGGUCAGCAGCAGGGGAAGAGGAGAAAGGUGUCUAGCCCCCCUGAGGGUCACACUGUCCCUGUCAUCGGUCUGUCAUCCCCUGAAGUCACCAAGUCUUCUGACACUAGCCAUAAGCUCACUGACAAACAUUCGGACCAGAAUAAGUCUCAGAAACAUACUGAAAAGGCUAAACACACUCGCAAACACAGUGACCGCAAACACACUGACAAAGCCAAAGACAGACACAGUGACAGGACCAAACGCAAACACACUGACAAAUGUUCUGACUGCUCAUGCUCUCACACCCCCUCUAAGAGACGUCAUCGUAGCUCCAGCCAUUCCUUCAAAGCCCCCCCCAGAGCUAGUCCCUCUGAGCCCCCCCUGCCCUCCCCCUACUCCCCCGCUUCAUUCUACCACACCAGAGCCACUUCUGCAGUGAGCCUAACCCAGGUCAACCCCAGCCAACCAUCCUGCCUAGUCAACAAACAACUACCCAAACAGUCCAGCCAACCAACCAAGAGACCCCCCAACCCAACCUCAGCAGCCAGACCUCUCCAGACCCAGGCCAACCCCCCCAACAACACCCCUGACCCCCACCUAAACCCAGCAAGAACCGGACCCAGUACCCCCCCACCCGGACCCAUGACCCCUCCACCUCCACCUCCACCCCCGGCCACCCCUCCCUGCCCCGCUCCUCCACCCCCACCCCCACCCCAGCCAGAUCCUGUCUCCGCCUCUGGGGGUAAGAAGAAGACUUCCAUCGUGGACUGUGAUCAAUUUGUGGAAUACUUUGUCACUUUGUUGAGGUCCCCCCACCUACCUCCUGCCCUAACCACCCCAGAGAGAGCAGGGGGAGCCGAGGCUCAUACCAGGGCAACAGGCCCUAACCCUGGAGGGGAGGAGAUGAAGGGUGACUCAAAAGGUCAUUCCAUCACCAUAGUGGCGGCGUGUCCCAACCCGCUAAAAAGGAAGCUAUCCCUAAAGGAACCAGAGGACAGUGACCCCUGGAACUACGAGAGCCGACAGUUCACCCCCAACUCCAAACCUAACCCCAACUUCCAGAACCCCAACCCUAACUCCAACUCUAACCCCAACAUCCAGAGUUCUAACCCCACUUCCAAUUCCACACUUGCCCAGGGGGGUUACACUGGAGGGGUUACAGUUAGUCCAUUUUCCUCUAACCCCACUGACCCACAGCCCCUAGAGAUUCUACCUGGUUCCACCUACCCUGGUACAACCUACCCUGGUACAACCUACCCUGGUUCCACCUACCCUGGUUCCACCUACCCUGGUUCCACCUACCCUGGUGCAACCUACCCUGGUUCAGGUUACUCUGGAGUUGUCAGUGUUAGUCAGUUCACUUCCAACUCCCCCACUAACCCUAUCCCUAUUCCCAGCCCCAGUAACACACAGUCACAGCCACAGGCCAGGUGGUCUGAGGGCUUCUGGGGAACAUACUACCCAGCUAUAGGCUACCCAGAGGCAGGCUACCCAGGGGCAGGCUAUGUUACAACAGGUCAAGCUGGUACUUCCUACCCUGGAGCUGUCUCUUCUGGAAGUGGAGCGGACUACCCUGGAGGUCUGCUCUACCCAGGGAUGGGCUACUCAGACAAGGACUACCGUGGACAGGCUUACCCUGGGUCUGGGACUGGACUCGGCUCUGCUGGGACUGUGAUGCCCUCAGGCAGCCUCUACUCUACUACACCAUCUCCAGCCACCCCCAGCCAUUUGACCUUGACCCAGCCAUCGCUUGACCCAGCCAGCUACGCCGCCUGGACUGCUACUGCCACCGGGGUUGCCAUAGCAACCAUCGCAGCAGAGUGUCUGCCACGCCCUCAGUGAGGACCCCGCCGGCCUGGAUUUCCUUAACGUGAAGCACUGACUGCUUGACCAUCGCUGGACCUGGAGGAGACGCGAACACACACACAUAUACACACACACACUAAAGAAACUAAGGAUUUUGUUACCGAAUGUCAGCUUUAAAAUGAAAGAUUCUUGGUUUUCCUCCAUUUUGUAUUACUUAAAGGUAACUUCUUGCCAGAGCGUGAUCUGUCUGGUGGCUCAGCAUAAGUAGUUACAGCCCUGUGGGAGGGGCCUAAUCUUGUCUGAACAAACUCACAUCCAAUCACUUGAAAGCUGUUUAGUUUCCAUGGCUACUUUUUUUACGUUUUACUUUUUUAAAGAUACAAGACAGUAUAUUUUAAUUGCAAACCAAGCGAAUGUUAUACUCAAGCAAUGUUAACCAUUUAAAUAAGCCAUAAAAGAUUCAGUUGAUGGUUGAUGUUUGUUUGAAUGUGUAUUAUUAUGUUUAAUGUGAAUAUUAUUUUUGUAUCUUAUACGUUGGUAGCCCUUUACACUCGUACCCGUAUACAGGUUGAAAAUGGCAGAUUUGCGGCACUAAUAAGCGCCUAAAUUGGAACGUAGUGGCUGUACAGUAACACGCUAUACAUGACGUCAAAGCUCUGUUUGUGUGCCUCACAGCGCUCUAUGGGUUUUGACUGAAAGCCUUUCUGAAUUUGAGCACUGUGCACAACAAGAAGUUGCCCCGUCCUUCGCGGUAAUUGGCCAACUUUUGAAAUGUUUGUGUUGUCUGAGUGAGGGAAAUGCUGUAAAUAAAGAUGACUCAAUGUAUUUUGAAAGAUGAGAUAUUGAGGAUUAUA